AUUAAUGUCCACCGACUGACCGUGGUUAUAUUUCGUAUCUUAUGAAAAUACAAAUCAUAAGCAUAGGCCAUAGUAAAUGAAUUAAUCAGUUCCUUAUUUUGCUGUUAAAAUGCUUUUUAGAUUCUACGUAACAUUUGAUUUUGCAGUAUUUUUGUGAGCACCAAACAGAAGGCAACAAGGAUGUGGAUUCUAGGGACAACACAUUGCAUUCUGAUGAAAGAAAACUUCAAGAUAGAUUCCUGUGCUGAAAAAAAAAUUAAAUCAGAAACAUAAACAGAAUGAUAGCAUUCAGACUGAUAUAAUGACAGCUGCUGAUAGGAGGCAAAAAUUUCAUCAGAGUCGUCUUGGUGUUGCUCCUGAAAAUGUUUAUUCCACUUCCACUUAUCAUUCCCCAGGAAAGCAAAAUGUGCCAUUCACAAAUAUGAUGCCAUAUUAUGCAGUAAACUAUAAUGCUCAAAUUCAGAGACCUUGUCCAGUUGUAUUCAACAUUUCGCCUAAAACUCUACUCCCAUAUAUUAAGGGGACAGCAACUACCAACAUAACAUCUGCCAGUGUUCAUCAUAUGAAAAGAAAGUGUUUGUUAGGAGAAAUUACCCAUUUUCCUGCUUUGUGCAAUGGUUUAGGACCUAAAACACAGCCUAAAGUGUUUAUCAGUAGUGUUCCACAUUUACCUCCUAUACCUACAGUUCAAGAGCCAGUUGUACCUCCUCCAAGCUUAUCAACGUCAGUGGAAAAUGAAGGACACAAAGGUACAGUGAAAAUCUGAAUGGAGUUGAUUGUACAAAAAAGCAAUUUCUUUCAAAGGAUUGAAUAUAAAUGUUAUAACUAAAGGUUGUUGCUGUGCAGAUUUCAGUUUUUUGUGUGCUUACAGUAAUUUCCGGGUAAAAAGUCUUUAUAGUUGUUCAAUUCUUUACCUGCUAAAGCCAUUUUGAAUAUAUUUUAUCUAACGAUUGAAUUGUGUUUUAAUGAAAAACUUUUUUUUUUGUUUGUUUCCAACUCUCAAAUGAAGAUAUCAUUUUAUUGCAAUUCCUUCAUCCCCACUACUACUCCAUCUUUACUAUUGAAAUCUGUGUGUGCCUGUCUUUAACCCUAUUCCUUCCAGACUGGCAAUCUCUACCAGCUCAAUAUUGGUACUGUUACAUACAUACAUGACAUCUAGGGGAAGCCAUUUCACCCUGUCUCCCCCUUUAAACCAAUCUGCCGGGCAUCCAGUCCUGAGGAGAUCCUCCUCACCCCAUAUGUAUAACCUCUAGGACAUUCAGGGGUAAAUGCAUUAAAAUCAUCAAUUGUCAUCCUCCACAAUUGGGGAACAAGAGUUUUCAUGCAGGUAUAGAGCCCCCUAGUAUCUUAUUUUUGAACUCUGGUUUAUUGGCAUUAUGCUUCCAAAACUUACUAUGUGCAUUGGUAAAUUAAUCUGGAAGAAGGAAAACAUAAUGUAUUUAAUUUGCUUUGACAAUUAUUUGCGCAAUAUUUGCACUUUUUUUUCACCCAUUUAUUUUCACAUACUGGGUUUAGAGGUGCAGGUUUGUUCAUAAACAUUUAGUGGAUUUUGAAAGUUUUUGUAAUAGAAUCAGUGUACAUGCAUCAGGCUCUCAAAACCAAUCCACUAUGUAAAAUUGCUCCUGAAUCAAUAUAAAAGUGAAAAAUAAGAUCUAGGUACUGUGCAUACUGGGUUUUAGAGCUGAAACUACAAUAUAAACUGAUCUUUAUUCAAAUGAGUUGUACUGCU